CAGUUUCUUUCCUUUCACAGUUCGCCUGCAUUCUUGACAGCACCUAGUUAUUCGUGUUUUUUUCCCCCCAGUCAACUCGUAAUACAGUGAGCAGCGUGUGGGAAUCUUCGCAAUGACCGGUCAUCACUGGGGAUACGGGGAAGAGGACGGACCCUCCGCAUGGCACAGAGACUAUCCCAUCGCUCAGGGCAACCGGCAGUCUCCCAUCGACAUCGUGCCCGCGGAGACAGUGUAUGACGCCAGUCUGCCUCCCAUCACCGUGGCGUACGACCACUGCACCUCCGUCAGCAUCGCCAACAAUGGCCACUCGGUGGUGGUGGAGUUCGACGACGCAGAUGACAGAACCGUCAUCAAGGGGGGCCCCCUGGAGGACGCCUACAGGCUCAAGCAGUUCCACUUCCACUGGGGAGGGAAGGGCUGUCAUGGCUCUGAGCACACGGUCGGCGGGAAGACCUACGCAUCUGAGCUUCAUCUGGUCCACUGGAACGCCGCCAAGUACAAGACCUUUGGGGAGGCCGCGGCAGCCCCCGACGGACUGGCUGUCCUUGGCGUCUUUUUAGAGACUGGUGAAGAGCACAGAGGUUUACACAAGAUAACAGAUGCGUUAUACAGAGUCAAAUUUAAGGGAAGCACGGCGGACUUCCGGGGUUUCAACCCCAAGUGUCUCCUGCCCAACAGCCUCAACUAUUGGACGUACCCGGGCUCGAUGACCACGCCCCCACUGCACGAGAGCGUCACCUGGAUCGUGCUGAAGGAGCCCAUUGUGGUGUCAGAAAAACAGAUGGGAAAGUUCCGAAUGCUGUUGUUCAGCGGGGAAGAGGAAGACAGGAAACGCAUGGAGAACAACUUCCGACCCCCUCAGCCCCUCAAGGGCAGGAAAGUACGUGCCUCCUUCAACUGACAAGGCAACUAGUAACUGGACCUUGAGGACCCCUCGCUGUCGUCUACUCUGUGCCAGAAAUAAAAACUGAAUUCAGCCUAGAAUUGGACCACAAGCUCCUUGGAUUAAGCAUUCCAGUCCUGACUUUUCCCAUUGCCGGGGGGGCCAAGGGGAAGCUUCAAUUAUAACGUUCCAUAACCGGCAGGGGUAUGUGCUAUUAAUGGGAACAAUGGCCCCUGCUGGUCAUCCAGUCCCAUUGCCAGCCUCAUACUUGAUCAGAGUUUCUCAGUCAAGACGAAUCUCAGCAAUAGAAACCAGACAGAGCCCACUGGGAAUGAAGCUAUGAAAAAAAAAGCACAGAGCACAGAGGCUGGUGCAUUUAACCUGGAGAACAAUCCCUUGACAGCACUAUCCAGGUUGUCUCUGUUAGUUCUGUUGCAGCACAACGAGAAAUGUGUAUUCAGUAAUUAUACCACAAUCGAUGUGGACAAUUUAAUGGGCAGCAAAGCCAGUUUUCAGCAGCACCCCGGACCUCUCAGUGCUGACCAAUAUCAAAUUUGUGCUUCUGAAUCUGUCCAAUGCAGAGGUACAGUAUAUUAUUGUAUGGCCGUUAUAUACUUAUUCAUCCAAUCAUUCAGGGCCUCUCAGUCCUGGUCCACGCGGGCAUCUGAGAUAUUGGGAGAGACUGCUGGACAGUCCAACUGCACAAUGCACACUGGGUCCUUGAACCUCCCAGCACAACAGCUGAAGCAAAGGCAGGUUGUCCCGUAUUGGCUGAUGCACCAGACACAACAAAUCAGGUCUCACGGACGUUAAAUCAGGUAUACCCACUCGGCUGAAAUCACGCAGAACCAUAUGCCUCUCUUUACUUUUGCUUUUCCUUACAGAGACCUUUGGUCAUACACAGCCUGCUGCUUUCUAUCUAGUCGGCCUUCGAAUGUUAAAGAGAGCACUGAGAUUAACUUUCUUUUUGAAAGUGUUUUCAGCAGAAAAACAAUUCAAAAACAGAACAACCACAGCCACAACUGAUUGAUUCAUUAGCUAUAAAUAUAUAUAUUUUUUUCAGAAUAAUGACACUGAGGAAUGUGUUCUUUGCUUUCUACGUGGGUAUGUGUCUGUGUGAGUGUCUGUGUGUGCAUGUAUGUGUAAACACAUACAGGAUGUUCCAGCCCUGACCCCAUCGUGGUGGAGUGAUACCCUAUAGUUUCGGAAAUUGUGCGAGUGGGCUUUUACAGUAAUGGGUAGGAAGGCUUUCAGCGUUUAGGGCAGGGACGCAAUGACUAAUGCAACGCCAAGAUAGCCACAGACGGAAGAGUUAUGGAUUCUUCCUCUGUGGCGCAAUUGCUAAUGGAGAUAUUGGCAUCUCCACGUGAGUUAUCUGAGCGUUUGAGAACUGUG